AUGGCCACCACUGUCGGCCAGGACAUCUUCAGGCCCACCAAGUUUGGCGGCAAGUACACCGUCACCCUGAUCCCCGGUGAUGGUAUCGGUGCCGAAGUCUCCGAGUCAGUCAAGCAGAUCUUCAAGGCCGACAACGUCCCCGUCGAGUGGGAGCAGGUCGAUGUCACCGGUAUCGAGACUGGCGACAAGCACUCCGAGGAGCUGUUCAGAGAGUCGAUUGCUUCGCUCAAGCGCAACAAGCUCGGUCUCAAGGGUAUUCUCCACACUCCCGUCGAGCGCUCCGGUCACCAGUCUUUCAACAACAUCCCCGGCUACGAGACCCGCCACAAGAACGUCGACUUCUGCAUCAUCCGUGAGAACACCGAGGGAGAGUACUCUGGCCUCGAGCACCAGUCGGUCGAUGGCGUCGUCGAGUCGCUCAAGAUCAUCACCCGCGCAAAGUCGGAGCGCAUCGCCAAGUUCGCCUACGCUUUCGCCCUCGCCAACAACCGCAAGAAGGUCACCUGCAUCCACAAGGCCAACAUCAUGAAGCUGGCCGACGGUCUGUUCCGCAACACCAUCAAGAAGGUCGGCGAGGAGUACCCCACCAUCGAGACCAACGACAUGAUUGUCGACAACGCCUCGAUGCAGUGUGUCUCCAGACCCCAACAGUUCGACGUCAUGGUCAUGCCCAACUUGUACGGAGGUAUUCUCUCCAACAUUGGAGCUGGUCUCGUUGGUGGUCCCGGUAUCGUUCCCGGAUGCAACAUGGGUCGUGAUGUUGCCGUCUUCGAGCCCGGCUGCAGACACGUCGGUCUCGACAUCAAGGGCAAGGACCAGGCCAACCCCACCGCUCUCAUCCUCUCCGGAAGCAUGCUCCUGAGACACAUUGGUCUCGACGACCACGCCAACAGAAUCUCCAAGGCCGUUUACGAUGUUAUCGCUGAGGGANCCCGCACCCGUGACAUGGGCGGCAACUCGACCACUCAGGAGUUCACAAGAGCCAUUCUUGGCGCCAUGGAGAAGCAGUAA